GCAAUAAAAUGCUCACAAUUCGGCACCCGAUUUGAUCGUUAGUUCCAUUUAUAUUCAGCAGCCUGUUGAUCAUCGAGUGCAAAUUGAGGUCUUUGUUUAAAAAAACCAUGUUUAUAAAUCGAAUUUCUAUCGAUAUCGAAUCAUCAUAUUUUCAUCAAUCAUCAUUUGCAGAUAAACUCAAGAUUCGUAAAUUUAGGCCCAUUUUGGAUGAAUCCGAAGAUAUUAUGAGUGAUUUCAUUUUGACACCCAAAGAAAACAUUAGUGAUACUAGAAUUAUAAAACAUGAAGAUGUGGCAGAGAAAAUCAUGAUUGAACUAACUACUGAUAGAAAGAAAUUUCAGUCAUUAAAAACAGAUAGAAAUGAUUUGCAUAUAUCCAAAUCAAGAUCCAGUCGUUCGACAAAACGAUUAUUGAGAACUUUCAAUAAAUCAUGUUCUGUUGAACAAUCACAAUCAACCUCUGAAUUUGAUUGUAAUACAAUCAUUUUUAAUUCCUCGAAUAAAAAACAGAUAAAACAAUUUACCAAUUCUUCUUGGAUUCGUUGUAAAAUUUGUAAAAAAAGAAUUCAUUCCAAAGAGGAAAAAAUACGAGCUCAUUAUCGUAUUGUUCAUAAUUUUCUUUUCAUGAAGACUAGUGAUUCUGAUAUUAUUCUCACUCGUUUAAAAGUAAACAAAAAAUAUUUUCAUUUUUGCUGUUUAUCGUGUCGGAAAAAAUUUAUCGAUUUUGAUCAUUUUAUUCAACAUCGAUGUAAAUAUAUUCAACGAAAAGCAUUUGCCGAUGAUAAAAAUGAUUUGGAAAUUAAAGUGAGAUCAUCAAUGCCUGAUUUUGAAAUUGACUAUAAAUGUGAAAGAGAAUUCUUCAAAAAUUUAGGCCUACAAAGGAGAUUGGAAUGCCAAACCAAAUUUAAAUGUGAUCAUGUGAAUAAUGAGAAAAUUGAUAAUCCAGAUCCAUGUUAUGAAAAUAAUUUUAUGAAUUCAUCAUCCCGGUGUCAUUCUUUAAAAAAAUCCAUUCUUCCCCUUUCAUCCAUCACCAAGAUAGAAAUAUGAUUCUGAAUCGCUGAUUUUUUAAAAAUUUUAUUCG